ACAUAUCACCUCGCAUAAAAAGACCCCAAAAUGUUGACCUUGCCCAACAUCGCCGAUCUGCGCAUGCAUCAGCAGAUCGCCCAGGAGAUAUACCGCCAGCAGAUUAUGCAACGAUUACCCGAUCCCCUCUGCGGCCUAAUGCCCAAUUUCGCCGGACACUUUGUGCCCCCGCCGCCACCACCGCAACCCACAUUGCCCGGGGAUGUGGAGGCCAAGCUGGAGAACAAUGAACUGUGGCAGCAGUUCCAUCAAAUUGGAACCGAGAUGAUCAUCACCAAGUGCGGCAGACGCAUGUUUCCCUCGAUGCGGGUCUCCCUCAGCGGCCUGGAGGAGGAGGCCAGCUACUGCGUGCUCCUCGAGAUGGUGCCCAUCGGCGACUGCCGGUAUAAGUUUUCCGGAUCCCAGUGGGUUCCGGCCGGAGGAGCCGAGCCCCAGAGCCCGCAGCGCAUGUAUCUGCAUCCGGAGAGUCCGGCCACGGGAAAACACUGGCAGUCCCAAGCCCUGCUCUUCAGCAAGGUGAAACUGACGAACAACACCCUGGAUAACAAUGGACAUAUCGUCCUGGCCAGCAUGCACAAGUAUCAGCCGCGUCUGCAUGUCAUACGCACCUCUGAUCUCGGCCAGAUUCCCUGGGCUCCCCAGCAGGCCUUUGUGUUCCCGGAGACGGAGUUUAUAGCCGUAACGGCUUAUCAGAAUGACCGCAUAACCAAGCUGAAGAUCGACAACAAUCCCUUUGCCAAGGGAUUCCGUGAGUCGGGUCAGUCGAGAUGCAAGCGGAAGAUCAAUGACUCGCCACCGCCAUCGCAGGCGGAGGUAACCCAGGUGGAUCCCAACCCGAUUCCAUCGCCGUUAGCCAAACGGUUGCGGCUGGUGGAGGAAAUUCCUCAGCAUCAUCAGCAUCAUCAUCAGCGGAAUCAACAUGCCAGCGUUCCAAUGCAGCGUCACUAUCUGCUGGACACUCUGGAGGCCAAUUUCUAUGUGCCAGCGCCACCGCCGCCGGCCAUUGAGUAUGCCAGGCACAUCGGCGGAUAUCCAAGUUGGGCCUACACCCCGCCAUCGCCGGCCUCCUCCGUUUCCUCCUCGUCGGCGGGCUCCUCCAGCGGUGAAUCGACGGUUGAUCGAGAAACUGAUGCCGACACCUUUGUGGAUGUGGUUGGAACCGCGCCAUCUGCUCCUCCUCCAGCUGCCUCUCCCAGCGAUCCAAUGCCCAAGCCGAAACGCAGCAGCUUCAGCAUCUCGGACAUAUUAGGAACCAGCUCGUCCAUUUAAACCAGGUCCAUUUGCUCCCAUUUGGCCUGAAAUCGGUGCCUUGUACAUUUAAUUAGCGUUUAGUUGUCUAAGUUGAAUUGUGAUAUUUUGCAGUUAAUUAGGAUUUCCAGGUAUUUGCCAUCAGUAUUUAUCGUAUUUAUUAUGCAAUUUUAAUUGUUCACAUGAUUUCGUAAUGGAUUUAUUGUCUUUGGCAUUUUAAUGCGGCAUAAAUAAAAU